CGAAAAACAUAAGAAACAAGUUUACGUCUUACACACUUCCUGGUUGAAACUUUCAAAGUUGCUAUGAAGAAGGAAAAAAUUUAACAGUUUAUGAUGUCAGAUUCAAAAUAUAUGAUAAAAGAAGGAGAGAUAACAAUAAGAUCCGGAAUUUUAAAACAGAAGCAUAAAAGAUUUUGUAAACUAUGUAAUGAUGGUGAUUCAGUGGUUCUUGAAUGCUAUGAAAGCAAAGACCAUACAGACAAAGUUAAAAAUACCUUCACACUUGUUCAUGUCAAAGGUUUGGAUAAAGUGGUGAAAGAAUCUUCAAAAGAAUUCUACAUAGAUGUUCAUUUAAAGAAAGAGAAAUUCUCACUGAUAUUCUCCAACCAAAAUGAAACUGAGAGCUGGUACAAUUGUUUACAAAACAAUGCCCAUUUUACUGAAGGAAGAGAAGACUCAUCUACUUUUGAGGAUGAUGAUACAGGAUUAAAAGACAAUAUUUUGUAUGAUUCUGGACCUGGAGACACUGAUAGAUUUGAUGUAAUGUUGAAACAAAAUGAAGAUACCAAAAACCUUGGUUUGACAAGUACAUACCGCCUGCAUGUAUCAAAUGUGUGUCUUAUGUUAGAGGACUUAGUAAAGCAAGAAGCCAAGUACAGAUGGUAUUACAAUGCAUUGAGGAAAUAUGGCAGACAAGGCAACGAUUUUGUGAUAGAAGCAGGACGUAAGAGUGAAACAGGUGCAGGGACAUUUAUAUUCAUUUAUGAGGAUCCUUCUAAAAUUACUAAAGCAAUUGAUAAACUUACCAAAAGGAAAGCAAACGAGCAGUUAACAGGUAAACUUAAUUUUUCAUCGUCUGAAACAGAGAGACCUGUAUCAAAUAGAAUGUCAGAACCCAUUCAGAAGAGAGAAAAUUCCCCAUCUCCUCCAAAGAAGGCAUCAUCAGUGAAGGAAAGUACAGAUAUUAAAACACCUUUAUCCAGACAACAUUCUGCUCAUCUUUCUCCGAAUUUCAAACAUGAAUUAGAAGAUGUAGUUAGUGGUAAAAGUAAAACAAUAAGUGACAAAUCUAGCAAGAGUAAGAAAGAAAAACAAGAAACCAAAGAUGAAAAGAAGGAAGAAAAGAAGAAAGGAUUCGGGGCAUUUUUCAAGUCUAGCAAAGAUAAAAAACCAAAGGAUAAAAUGGAACAGGAAGUUGACCAUGAGGGUGAUGAUGAGUAUCCUGAAAAUCUGUAUGAUGAACCCGAACUUCCUUCUGACUUGAAAAGACCUACUGAACCUCUGUAUGAGGAAGCAGAUCAGAAAGCUAAAGCAAAGAAUAAACGUGCUUCUUCAAGUGAUAAAAAGCCUUUAAAACCUCAAGAACAUUCAGUUUAUGCACAGGCACAUCCUCUUCGCCAAGAAGCUUGGAAAAAUCAUGGGGCUCAAGAAGAAGUGCAUCUUGAAAAUUAUGAAUCAAUAAAAGCUGCUGCGAGUCUCAAAGGCCAGCGUAAAUCAUUUGACAAGAUAACAAACGACGAAGAGGAAAUUGACGAUACAUAUGAUCAUGCAUUCCUGGCUGAAAGGAACCUUAAAAGAGAAAACAUUGCAAAUGACUCUAAAAAUAUCUACGGUACUUCAAGUGGGAGGGAACCUGAAGCAGAUUAUGAAUUAGGUGACCCUGAAGAUGAACCUGUUGAAUAUGAUGAUGCCUUUUCCACACAACAGAAAUUUUUAGCUCAGCCAGCUGAGGCAUAUGAAGAAGUUGAUAUCAGAUCAUCAACAUAGAACUUUCUAAAUCAGUCAAACUGCAAUAAUGCAGGUUUUGAAAAUAUCUGAUACAGGCUAAACAAUUUUUGAUGCACUGUAUCGUGCUAGAUGUAUUAUUAUUGUCUUAUGCAAUUGUUCUACUUGUGCAGUCAAAUUGUUAUGACUAUAUCAUGAUUUCUUAUACAUUUGGUCAAUGGUCUUGUAUGUUAUGUUAACAAUAUAUUUCCCUUUUUAUUAGUAUGACAUCACAAAUGAUUUCCAAGUUUUCAAAAUGUUCAAGUUGCCUGCCUUUGGUCUAAAGUUCAUUAUUUUCAUUCUAAGUAUUUUUUAAUUGUUUCAAAAGUAAAAGUCUAAAUGAAAUAUAGCUAAACAUUGUCUAUGAUGGAUUUUUUUUUAUAGUGUAUGAUAAAUAAUACUUGGCCAAUCUUCUGGUCACAAUUGAUGUUGUAUUCAAAGACAAUAUAUUAUUUUCUUUAUGUUUUUGCCUAUUCGUACUGUAUUUUAGAGCAAAUUUUGAGAUGUCUUCCUUUUUGCAGAUUUUUACACUUGUUUUAAGGUUUAUAAAUGCUCUCUGUGAACAUUGCCUGAAUUGUCCCUGACCAGCGAGGCUACACUCUUGUGCAUCCCAACCUGUAAGCGUAACCCUUACUCUAUCCUUUGUUCUAACCAUACCUUAACCCUGAUAAACAUACUCUUACUCAACUUUAACCCUAAUUUUCAAUGGAAUUGAAAAGAAUUUUUACUUUAAAGCAUUAUCGAAAUACCUUUAAAGUAGCAUGAGUAGCAAUUUUUGCAAGCAAUAUGUAUGAUAUUCAAAUGAUACUCGAAUGAGUAAUUUGGUCUGUACAUUUAGAAUAUUUAGUUUACUACUUUAAAACAAUAUCACGAAUAUGAAUGUGAUGAAUAUUUAUAUUAUCAAUUGAUUGGUAAUUUUACUAGCCAUUUUACUGAAUAUUUGUAAUGGAUUUUGGAUAUAUACAUUGGUGCUUUUACUUCUGUAGAAUCAUCUAUUUUUAGUAAAUAUCAAAACUUAUGUUUUUUUUCAUAGGUUUAUAGAAUUUGAAACUUUUAUAUCCACAUUCAAUCAUAUACAUUCCACCUUUUGUUAAUGAGUUAUGAAAAUAGGUAUAUUUUUUAUGAAGAAAAUAAGAUUUCAAUUCCAUGUUUAUAUUUUAUAAUAAUAUCUUUUAUUUUAAUAGGGUAACCCAAUUUAUUUUUACUUAUCUAACUGGAGGCCCUCAUAAAGCAAGCUUUAUUAUAAAUUAAAUAAAAUACAAAAUGUAUAUACAAAUAAACAAUAAAACAAACGAGCAGUAUAUAUUGGUAUUUUACCUGGUGAUUGUUAAUUUCUAUAAUAUUGCAAAAUUUUGUAGUUUGAAAAUGAUCCAGCGCCUAUUUUUUAUUUUUUUAUCAUUUUGCUUUUAACCUUUUUUGAUUUCUUUCAAUUAAGGUUAGCUUCCUACAGGAUCAUAUAUUCAAUUGAUAUAUAAUCCAUUAAUUGCCACACCACCUCAAAGUUUAUGGACAAUUUGCCAAAGAGUGGGUAUUUUAAGAAAAAUGAUAAAAUAUUUGUGAUUAUGCAAAUUUGUAACAAAUUCAGAUUAAUGUGCAUUGAAGUGAUCAUUAUUUAGAACAUAUCCAGUCAAUGUCAUGUAAUUUAUUGAUGAUAUGUUAUACUUUGAUAUUUAAGUUAAAAUAUGAUAUGUAUUUGAAUUACCAUACUUGUCAAGAAAACAUUUUAUAUUAAAGAUUACAUAAGUAAUGCAUGGUGUAUGAAUCUGUUAUAAAAAUAGGUUCAACUACAAAUGUACAAUCAUGAACAAAGGAAGAUAGCUCCACCUCAAAUUUUUUAUUUGCCUAGCUAAAUAAAAUUCAAUGUUCUAUUUUAAAAUUUACAAAAUUGCAAAAUGAAAGCAACCUUUACCCUGCAGUGCUCACAAGCACUUUGAUUCUUCUUUUUACUGAUGGUCUUAAUUUGUUUGCAGUUAACAUUUUACUUACAGUCUAGAGUUUAAUGUUUAGACAUUAAUUACUUUGUUUAUUUUUAAUGGAUGUUACUAAACAGUUUAUGAUCAAUAAUCAACACCUAAAACAAACAUUUUGAUUUUUUUACCAUAUUUUACUGAUAAAUGGACUUGAUUUUGGUAGUCUAAAUUAAACUUUUACACUGACAGUAGGAAUCACGUGUGAGACAGAUGUAUACAGUAGGAAUCACAUGUGAGACAGAUGUAUACAGUAGGAAUCACGUGUGAGACAGAUGUAUACAGUAGGAAUCACAUGUGAGACAGAUGUAUACAGUAGGAAUCACAUGUGAGACAGAUGUAUACAGUAGGAAUCACAUGUGAGACAGAUGUAUACAGUAGGAAUCACAUGUGAGGCAGAUGUAUACAGAUACCUGAUGUUCUGGUAGUUCUGUCUAACAUGCAUAUGUCUAAUGUCCUUGACCUCAUUUUCAUGGUUCAGCUACCACUGGAGAACACAGCAUUUUUUUUAUAUUUAACCUAUAUAGUUUUUUAUCACAUGAUUUUCUCAGUUAUUAUGAGUAAUAAGUCUAUGUGUCCCACUGAUAGGGUUCAUAUAACCUUUACCUCAUUUCAUAUCUGUUUUUCAGAUACUACAAGCAAUAGGUCAACUGUAUUUGAUGUAAGGAAAGAUUGUAAACUGAACAUGUUUCACCUUACAUGGACACCAUUUUGAUGGUUCAUUGGUCAAUAUUUAUUCAUGGUUAGGCCUAUUUCUGGAAUACUAUAAGAAUUAGAUUAACUAUAUUGGGUGUAUUGAAGGAUUGUAAGGUUUACUUGUCGUCUAUCUGGUAUGCUUCAUUUGACCUUGAUCUCAUUUUCAUGGUACAUUGGUCAAUAUUAAGUUUUUGUGUUUACUUCUGUUUCCCCAAAGUAUAAGCAAUGGGUCAACUAUAUUUGAUGUUUGGAACGAUUGUAAGAUGUACCUCUCCAACUGGUAGGAUCCAACCUUUGUAUCAUUUUCAUAGAUUACUGAUAAUGUCAACUUUAUGUGAUAUUUGUAGUUAAACUUUUAUCUUGAAGACUUUUAACAUACAUUCUAUCAUGAUUAGUAAAGCAGACAUGAUAUUUCAUAUUAUGCACUCUUGUUACAAUGUUAUGUUUUGAAGUAUAUUUUACUGCUCUGCUUAAACCAAACAAUAAUCAAUAAAUCAAAUAUGUUUUCAAAUAUUUUUAAAAAUUCAUUUGCAGAAUAAUCAGUAACCUCAAACUCUUCAGAAGUCAAGUCAUCAAAAUAAAUUUUUGAAUUUCUCUUCUCUUGCUCGUCAUGAAAUUUUAAAUCAUCUUAAGCAUUACACCUGAAUUUUUCAACACACAUAUAUUUUUGAAGCUUAUUCAUGACCACGCUUAUUUUUAAUUUUGCUUAUAAAAACAUUCCAAAAUUGUUGGUUAAUUUAUAUGUACAAAAAAAAUUUUUUUUUAAUUAAUAUCUAUUAAUAUAUUAUUGUAAAAUGCAUUUUAUAUUUAUAUACAAUGUAUAUGAUAUUUUUAUACAUAAAGCUAUUUUAGUCCCAUGUGUUGAGGAGAAGGGAUCAUACAAUCAUUGCCUCUUAAUUGAUUUACAAUAAAAAGAUAUGAUUAACAUGUUACUGUUAAUUAUAAAACAGAAUUAUGUGUCUCAGACAACUUUUCCCUUCAGUUCUUAUAAAUUGAUUUAAGUAGAGGUAUAUUCCCUUUGUAUCUGAAUAUGUACAAUUGAGAAUGGUGAAUGAGGGCUAUAUUACAGUGUUAAUAUUUCAAUUAUUUUUUUUAUUUUAUUAUGAAAGCGAGGCCAAAGAUACCAAAUAGACAUUCAAACUCAUAAGUCAAAAAUAAACUGACAACGCCAUGGCCAAAAAUGAAAAAGACCAAAAAGAAAAACAACAGUACACAAAACACAACAUAGAAAACUAAAGACUGAGUAACACAAACCCCACCAAAAACUGGGAUGAUCUCAGAUGCCUGUUUAGGGUAAGCAGGUCCUGCUCCACAUGUGGCACCUGUUGUAUUGCUGAAUAAUAGAUACAUGUAUGAAGUUGUACUAACAUGGGAAAUGUACAGUUUUGAAAGAUUCUAUCAGCUUUUUUUAUUUGUUGGUAUAUAUGUAUAUUCAUUUAUACAGUUCAAAUGUUUUUUAUCAACUUUUUUUUCUGCAUCAUUAUUUCUUGGUCUUGGACAAUGUCAAAGUUUCCUCAAGAGUAAUUUCUGAAUAUUUAGUUUGUCUUUUCAAGUUAUUUAUAUAUUUAGAAAUACCUUUGAAUGAAGAAAGAAGAAUUGUCAGUAACUUAUAUCAGAUUUCUAAUGUGAAAAGGGCAUAACUGACAUUUUUUGACAACAAAUACCACAUUUUUCCUAUGCUUUUUGAGGAAAAGUAACAACUAAUGAUUCACAGCAUUUUUAUUGCAUUAUAUGUCUUGUUUAUACUGUUAAUAUGCUGCUUGUUAAAUUAUUGAAUAUAUAUAGUUAUUUAUAUUUUAUAGAAUACUUCAUUGAACAGUUAAUUCAGAUGAUACAAAGAUUGAAUAUAAAAAGAGUAUUGAAGUUACAUUUGGUUAACAAAGUAAAAUUUAAAAAAAGGUACUCUGAAAGUACUUUUAUUCGUGGAAAUCAAUUUUCGUGGUUUGAACAGAUGUUAUAUGUUUGUGGGUUCUUAAAUUCGUGGAUUUUAGUUUUCUGAAAAAAUCCAGGGAAGAUUUUGUAGCCAUCACAAAAAAAAGAUUCUCGUAAAUAGUCAUAUGGUGUAUUAUAAUAAUUUGUGGGACAUUGCAAAAUAAGGUGUUCAUUUUCACUUACUUGAUCGUCUUACAUUCGUUAAUUUUUUUAUAAAAUAAUUGCUUAUGAGUACCUUUAAACAGGGAGAGAAAAGCAUUGAUUAAUACUAAAUGUUACAGUAUUACUAUUAUUUAUACUAACGCUGUUGUGUUGUUGAAUAUUAAUGAACAUAUAUAACUUCAUAAUUGCAAAUAAUUUGAAAAAAUAAAUAAUAUGUGCUUUGAUAAAA